UCCAUAACGUGCUCUUCCACAAUGUUCUCGGACUCAUCUCCGUCAAUGGAUCCGGCUUCACCCGGAUCCGAAACCCGACCCGAAAUCAACCCCUCCUCCCCCGCUACCAAUCCCGCCGCCGUACAACCAAUCGAAGCUACACCCGAACCGACGGCGUUCGAAUCAACCCCAUCACCCGUCGCCGAUCCACCACCGGAACGAUUCAAUUCCCUCGACGAGCUAACUCACGACCUCAGCUCGCUCCACGAUCUCUCCACCCGCGGCCAAUGGGAAGCGAUCCUCGACAAAAUAUCCCAAUCCCGAGCCCUCUUCCUCCUCACCAAACCCCACGAGCACCUCACCUACCUGACCUACCAAGUCAUCGCCCUCACGAAGCUCCGCCGCUCCGACGAAGCCUCCCACGAGCUCAACUCCCUCCACGACUUCGACGGGGAGCAUUACAGGUACGAAUCGUUCCCCGAGAUCUACCCUGACCGGAAGGGAUCCAUGGUGCCUUUCUCGUUACGGUGGAUGUACGCUUUGGUUCCGACUAGGCUAGGGAAUCGCCAGGAGGGGUUAGAUCGGUUGUACACGUUGCUCGACUUCGUUAGGGAGAGGAUUAAAGAGAAAGAAGAGGCGAAUGAUUCUGUUGAGUUGUGGAAGAGAAGAGAGAUCUUUGUGAUGAGUUGUUUGUUAGGGUUUCACUUAGGUCACAAGGAGUUUGGUGUUUCUUUGGAGUUGAUUAAGGAGUUGAUAAAGCGUGAUCCUUUGGAUCCUGUUUUGGUUUCGAAGCUAGGCUCUGUUCAGAUGCAGUUUGGGGAUAUAGAAGGAGCUAAAGCCACGUUUGAUCGUGUCGAGAAGAUGAGCAAUCACAAUGGGUUGGUGAGUGAGACUCAGUUCAAGAAUCUUGUGGGGAGGAACAAGGCUUUGGUUCACGUUGUGGCCAAGGACUAUGCUGCUGCUGUGAGAGAGUAUGAAGAGUGUAUUGAGAGAGAUAGCUCUGAUGUUGUCGCGGUUAACAACAAGGCGCUUUGUUUGAUGUACUCGAGAGAUUUGUCUGAUGCGAUUAAGGUGAUGGAGAGUGCGUUGGAGAGAGUGCCGACUGCGGCUUUGAAUGAGAGCUUGGUGGGGAACUUGUGUAGUAUGUAUGAGUUGGCUUAUGUUAAUCAUACUGAUGUCAAGAAGACUUUGAACAAUUGGAUCGCACGUGUUGCUCCUGAUGACUUUGAUUCUUCUUGUACCAGAGUUUGAGGUUUUCAGCUAAGCAAAUGUAAUUAGCCAAAGACUAAGAAAAGAACCAAGGAUCUUGAUCUUGCUGAGUGUGGCCUCAGCUUGCAUCUCUGUUGAUGCGAGUAAUGAUGACUGCAUAUUGUUUGUACGUUCUCUAUUGUGUGAGUCAGGAAAUGGUUGUUGCCCCUAAACCCUUGGAACUUUCUUGCAUGGUACGCCAUGUCCAUUUUCAUAUAAAGAUUAUUGCUACACUUGCUGUUAAACACUAAUGAAGAGAGUUUGUUAAUUCAAAACUAAUGGAUGAUUUAAAGCCA